UAUGGUCCCUAGCUAUUAGAACGAUCCAUAGAAAGAAGCUGAACACCAUCAUUAACCAAACCCCAACCAAUCUCUUAUAUUACUAUCGUUAAUAUUAUUAUUGUUAUUCUAAACCGAUCAAAGGUUGAGAGCCAAAAAAAAAAAAAAAAAGAAAGAAAAGAUGUUGAUGAUACACAAUAUUCAUCUACUGAUCAAAACACAGCCCUUUUGGCUCAUUCUCAUAACUUGUCUAGGCAUCUUCAUAGCCCUCAAAAGGGUCACCUCUUUGCUCAAAUGGGUGUUCGUUACAUUCAUCAGAUCCUCCAAAAACCUAAAGAGGUAUGGCUCAUGGGCCAUGAUCACAGGAGCCACUGACGGCAUAGGAAAAGCCUUUGCCAUCCAACUUGCCGAGAAAGGCUUGAACUUGAUUCUAGUUGGCCGAAACUCAAACAAGCUCCAAACAGUCUCCAAGGAGAUUCAGCUGAGAUGUCCCGGCACCGAGAUAAAGGCGGUGGUCUUCGACUUCUCCGGCGAUAUCGCGGCCGGCGUGGUGGCUGUAGAGAAUGCUGUGAAAGGGUUGGACGUGGGAAUUUUGAUCAACAAUGUUGGCAUAACGUACCCGGCAGCCAGGUACUUCCAUGAGGUGGAAGAGAAAGUUUGGAUGAAUAUCGUCAGAGUGAACUUGGAAGGUACUACUAGGGUUACAAGAGCUGUUUUACCAGGUAUGAUUGAAAGGAAGAGAGGGGCAAUCGUUAAUAUUGGCUCUGGUGCCGCCAUUGUUGUACCUUCUCAUCCUCUUUACGCAAUAUAUGCAGCUACAAAAGCUUACGUGGACCAACUAUCAAGAUGUCUCUACGUGGAAUACAAGCACAUGGGAAUCCAUGUACAGUGUCAGGUACCAUUGUAUGUGGCAACACAAAUGGUGUCGAAGGCAGCGUCGAUAGAGAAAGCAUCGAUGUUUAUACCAAGAGCAGAGGAUUAUGCAAGAGCUGGAGUAAGAAGAAUUGGGUAUGAAUAUCGGUGCACACCCUAUUGGUCACACUAUCUCCAAUGGUGUUUUGCUUCACUCCUCUCCGAUGAUAUCCUAAAUGCAUGGCGUUUGGCCGUUGUUAUUCGAAGAAGAAGGGACUCCAUCCAUCUACAAUAAUAACCUUCAUCCUCCUCAUCCAUCAUCUCUAAUAAUAACCAAUUAUAACACAUCAUCAUCAUCAUCAUCAUCCAUUUUAUAUAUAUUUAUAUAUAUAUAUAUAUAUAAACACUUCGCACUACUUGCAUGUGUGUUAUUUAUAUUAAUGCUCAUAAUUAAUAACUACUUAAUGUAAAAUCCACGUGAUAUUAUAUCUCUUCUAAUAAAUGUGGAGAUAACGAAAGUGAUUGGUUUUAA